AUGAAAAAAUUAGGAAUUAAUACUACACUAGACACGAAUUUAAAUCGUCUUAAAGAAAAUGAAGGUAUUUUAAAAAAACCAAUAGAAAUUAACAAAAAUUUAAGAAGGCUGUCAUUUUUGAAUAAUAAAAAUAAUGAAAUUAAAAAUGAUCAGUUAAGUAAAUUUGAUAAAACAAAAGUAAAAGAAAUAAAUGAUGUUUUUAAAAAUUGCAUGGUAGCAUUAUCGCAUAAUAAAAUAUGUACUAGAAAUGCUUUUGAUAUACGAAUAAUUGAUCACUUAGAGGAUCUAGUAAAUUUAAAUGAUGAAGAAAUAUGUGAUGAGUUAAAUGAUGAACUAUUAGAAAAUGGAGAUUUCAAUUUAUCUUUUACAAGAGCAUCAAAAGCUAUUGAAGGUGCUACAAAGGUCUACGGCUAUAGAGUUGAAGCAAUAUAUGAUCAAACUUAUAAUUUUUUAUCUAAUAUGAACAUAGCAAAACAAAAUGAAAUAAAUGAAGAAGUACAGGAUGAAAAAAAAAAUGUAAAUGAAAAUUCAACAAAAAAAAUGAAAAAAAGAAAAUUAGAAUUCCUUCAAGAAUCUUCCACUUUAGCCAAGUCAUCUGAUAUUACUAUAGAUUCUUUAUCUUUAUCAAAUAUAUCUGUAGAUACAUUUUUUUUAAAAUUAAAUAGUACUUACGACCAUGCUUCAGGGCAAAGUUAUUUAUUACCAAAUUUAAUUUUAAAUAGCGAUUUAUCAAUACAGUUUGAUGGCGAUAUAGAGGCCUGUGAAUAUAAGAAAAGAAAAAAAAUGGAAGAAUUAAAUUCAGAAGUUGUUAAUGAUAAGGGUAAAAAGGAAAACUUAUCCAAUGAUAUAGAAGAGAAUACAUAUGAUAAUAAUGAUAAUUUACUGAUGAACAUUUAUAAAAAAAAAUUAUAUUUGAACUCAAAUAAAAUAAGAGAUAUUCUCUUAAACGAUGGGGAGGAUUUUAAUAAUUUAAGUAUAUGUCCAGAAUUAGAAUACUUCAAAGAAGAAAUAAACAAACAUAAAUUAAAAAAGGCAGAUUCAAAAGGAGGGGAAGAAGAAGAGAAAAAUGAUGAAGGAGAAGAAGAAGGAAAUGAUAAUAAUGAAAAUGAAGAAAAAAUGAAUAUGAAAAUGAGUGAAGAUUAUGGAGAAAAUUUAAAAAAUAGUUUAAGUAAUAAUAUGAUAAUGGAUAAUUUGUAUGAUGGUGAUAAUAAUAAUGCGGAAGAUAGUAAGAUUUUGAGUAGUAGCAAUAAUAAUUUUAAUAAUCAAGAAUUCAAAAUAGAUGAUUUAAAUAUUGAAAAUGUAAUGCAGGAAUCAUUGGCUUUUGAUAAUAUGAAUUUAAAUAAUUCAGUAGCAAACAAUUUGAAUUUUUCUCAGAGUGUAUUAUCUUUUCAUCAGAGUAAUAAUUUAAAUGGUGUUUUGCCAGAAAUGAUGAAAAGUGAAAAUAAAGAUUAUAGUAUUAUGAAUACAUUAAAUAAUUUUAAUUUGAAUUCUCAAAAUAUUUUAUUUAAACAAAGUGGAACACCAACUAAAAAAAGUAUGAUAUCUACUAUUCCUGAUGAAGAUACAUUAUGGAAUCGUAGUAUCAUGACAUUUGAAAAUAGACUAAAUGCAAUUAAUGUAAACAAUGAAUUUAAUUAUCAAUAUUAUAUGCCUAAUAAAUUAAUGACUAAUGGGAACUUUCGAAAUUUAAUGGACAUAACAAAAAACACUUUUAAAAAUAAAGCUGUUCUAUUUAAUACCAUUGCUAAUAAGAGAGUUAAAACUUCUUUUGAUAUUUCAAGUAUUGAUUUUGAAAAUCUUCACAUUGAAAUUAGUGAUAUAGAAUUAUCAACAUAUGAUUUAUGGAAAAAGGAAAAAAAAAAGUAUAUAUCCAAUAUUCUUUUUUCUGUUGAUCAGACUUCUUAUAUUUUUGAAACAAAAGAUAAUUGCAUUAAUUGUGUAAAUACAGUGACAGAUAAGAUAAUGAAAUUUUCUAAAUUGCCUGUUGUUUCAUUAGAUGAAGAUAAUACAAACAUGAAUUUAAACAUUAUAUUAAAUGAAAUUAAUAAUGAUUUUAUAACAAAUGAAAUUGAUCAAAUAAAUUUUUCAGAAUCUAAAAAUAUGCAAAGUUUAUAUGGACAAAAUAUUGAAGAAGUACAAGAUAGCCAAUUACAAGAAGGUUUAAACGAAGCUAUUGAUAAAUUUUACCAAAUGGAUUUUGAAGACAUAUGGCAAAAUGAAAAUGAUAAUGAACAUAAUAUAGAAAAACAAAAUACAAAAAUUGAUAAUACAUCUAUUACUCAAUUUCACCAAAGUUUUUCACAUGCUAAUAGUUUAGGAAAUAUGAAUAUUGAAAAUAUAUCAAAAUUUGUAGACGUUUCAAAAAUUAAGAAAAUAUUAUGUGAUAUUGUUAGGGCAAGUGAUCAAGAAAAUAACAAUAAUUUAGAACAAAAAGAAGAAAAAAAUGAUAAGAUUGUUGUUUACAAUGAAGAAAGAACUACAACUUUCAGAAACAUUAUUAAGGAGACAAAAUCAAAAUUAAAUGAUUCAGAAGUAAGUAGCACGUCUAUUCAUAUGCUUUUUGUAUGCUUAUUAUAUACGUGUAAUGAUCAAGAAUUACUAUUAGAAAAAAUACCACAUGAGGAAGAUUUUUAUGUUCGUUAUGGCUUACCUGUUGAAUUCCAUAUUAAACCUAAUGAUUCUUUAAUGCUUAAAAAUUAA